ACUUGUGGACAAUGUAUUUCGAAGCUAGUUCGACGACUUAAAUAAAUGAAAUGUUGCUUUUCAAACGUAUCAUGCUGGACCUCGCCCCUCCUAAGGGGUAAUAGUGGUGCAUUAAGGCAAGGUAAGGGAGCACACUGAGUGCUCUGCUGCCUUUUUCCCCUCCGUCUCAGCUCCAUGAUGGAUAUGGCUCCGGCUGCAUGCUGCGUAGACACGGAAUGGGAGGGACUGCCCACCUUCGAGCAUUUCCAUUGGUUUUACAGUCCGCGCGGCUGAGAAGGGGGUGCCUCUGAUCACAUCCAGCAUGUUUUGCACAAGAAAUGUCAGCCAGAAAGGGCUAUCUUCUUCCUUCGCCAAAAUACACCACAAUAAUGUCAUGUUCGGACAGUCCGUCAGGAAAUGCGUUUUUAGUGGAUUCUCUGAUCAACGGUGGUCGCAACGAGAGCGGCGGAGGGCACUACGCUGGGAGUGCGGUGUGCCUGCCUCACGGCGCCGCUACGGAAGUGCCUUACGGACCACACAACUAUGGAUACUUUCCAGGUAUGGGGAAGCGCGCCGAGGUGGGUUCCCAAAACGUGGUGUCCGCCUCUGGCGCGUACAUGUCUAGCAUGGAGAUGUGGAUUGACGCGCAGAGGUCAUGUCGUAUGGACCAAGAGCACCCGGCGGGACCUCAGGUCGCGCCCUGCUCGUUCCCGCAGAGUAUUAAGCAGGAGAGCACAUACUGCCUGUAUGAGCAGCCGAAGUGCCCCAAAGCCUCAAACGGCGAAGAUCUUACGUAUUCGAGGUUAACAGCAGCCGGGCUUGGCGCGAGCUCUUGUACAGUCACCGAUGGCGGCGGCAGGGGUUCAGUCCCUGUGCCGGGCUACUUCCGCUUGUCUCAGACGCACGCACAUUCUCAUAAACUUUACAACACCAACAACAUCCCCCAGCCGAACCCUUCCCAUUCUCAGUUUGGCCUACACCCCACUGCUCCUGCUCGCUUCCACACGCCGCCGACCACCCCAGCCCCGGCGCUGGACGGGAGGACCAGAGAGGAGCCCUUGUCUUCGGGAAACACCGACCAGCAGGCUCACGCUGCGCCGGGGACCGAGGAGGCACGCGAGUCCUCGGAUGCAGACGUCUCUUCAGCUGACGAGACGGAGGAGCAUGUCAAAGAGAGACAGACGAAGACAGCUAAAGGAGAAACAAAAAGUGAAAACACGGCCAACUGGCUGACAGCUAAAAGCGGCCGGAAGAAACGCUGUCCAUACAGCAAGCAUCAGACACUGGAGCUGGAGAAGGAGUUCCUCUUCAACAUGUACCUGACCCGAGAGCGCCGCCUAGAGAUCAGUAAAAGCGUCCACCUGACCGACCGGCAAGUUAAGAUUUGGUUCCAGAACCGCAGGAUGAAACUGAAGAAAAUGACGCGAGAAAACCGGAUCCGGGAGCUCACUUCCAACUACGGAUUUUCAUGAUGAAUUAGGUGAUCACGUUGAAAAAAAGAAGAUCACUGGUAAAAGCAAUGCUCCUACUUCACCACUCUGUCCACAUAUUGAUUCAUUUCAUUGGCGGACUUAUUUCCAGACGCGCUUACAGAUCGUAGAUUCAGACAAAUGUGGAAGAAAAGGGGGAAAAAAGUUAUGAGUUCAAUAUGUUCGUUUUCUGAUGCUGUGUUUUCAUAUUGUCCAAAUGUUUCAGUCACUUCUGUCGUACGGUUGGAUGGUGUCGUCAGUGGGGUUAAAUUAACGCAAUAAAAAAAAAAAACUUGGAAGGUGUCUUAAAAUGACCACUCCCUUCCCAAAUGCUCAAAAAUAAAAUAUCUUAUAAUUUGAACAAAUAUGAAUUUAUUUUCUCUGAAUUGGAACUGCAUGAUAUAAAAGUUCUCCUUUAGAAAACACGUUUCACCCACUGGGAUCCAACGUAUCACCAAGGGAGGAAUAAUUCACCUUUGAUUAAAUGUACUCUUACCACAAUAUAGGCCUUUUCAAUGUAUGAACUAAAUGUGUGAGUUGAAUCUUUAAUCAAGUGGAGGACGUUUACACGAAAACGGUGUGUCGUAGGAACGUUUUUGUUGUAUAUUUCUGUGUACAUGACAUUGUGUUUUUGUGUAGUGCUUAAUAAAUUAUCAGCUCA